AGCUGGCUUCGCGUAUAUCUUUCGAGAUCCCACUCUCCACAUACUCUCGUCUACUAUAGAGACGCACUAGAUCGACAACGGGAAGAGCAGAUGACAUGACAGCCUUACACAGCGGCUAAGAUGGACGCUCUGCCGCACAUAUGUACAUCGGGCCACGAGAUUUGGAGAUCGCGUUGUCCACUUAUUUGCUUUGACAUCGUCGAGCUACAUCUCCCGGAUCGUGUCAUGCGUCAAUUCGGUUUGGAGCAGGUAAUUCCGCAAGCCUAAGAAACACCCAACCUCAACUACAUGCGAUCAAUCGGAGGACUGGGGACAAGAACUACCUCGUACGACAUAGAUCGCAUGUAGAUGCGUGGAAUGACCGAGCUUCUAGAUUGGUUGGAGGAGAUAACUUCACAGGUCAUAGCUCUACUAUGUACAUGAGUUGGUACAGGCGUAUCUCCAUAUUACGCCUAACGAACACCACAUUUGCACAGGCGUAUCUCCAUAUCUCCAUAUGUACAUGAGUUGGUACAGGUCAUAGCUCUACUUUGUGUGUAUACGGGGUACACCAAUCGGGAAACAAAUGAGUUACCUCGGUCGCGGUGUUGAUGUGGUUGUGGGGACACCUGGACGGGUGAUUGAUUUGCUAAAGAGAAGAGCUUUAAAUCUGUCUAGUGUUCAGUUUGUUGUUCUGGAUGAGGCUGAUAAAAUGCUUAAUGUUGGUUUUGAGGAACCUGUCGGGGUUAUAUUACAGAUGCUGCCUCAAAAUCGCCAAACUUUGAUGUUUUCAGCCACAAUGCCCGAUCAGAUCAGGGACAUUACUAGAAAGUAUAUGAAAAAUCCAUUGAUGAUUGAUCUUGUAAGAUUGAAAACAUAG